ACAGGAAAUGGUUCCUCAUCGUCGGCGGGCAGGAAACUCCCCUGAAGCCAAGUGAGCUAACUUGAAGAGACAAAAGUCUUUAAGCCAUGAGCAAACUUCAGAGUGAUGCCUUGAGAGAAGCUAUCACUCAGAUUACAGGUGAUGCCAAGGAGAAAAAGCGCAACUUCACUGAAACUGUUGAGCUGCAAAUUGGACUGAAAAACUAUGAUCCCCAAAAGGACAAGCGUUUCAGUGGGUCGGUGAAAUUGCCUCAUAUUCCACGUCCCAAGAUGAAGGUCUGCAUGCUUGGUGAUGCUCAGCAUGUGGAAGAGGCUGAGAAGAUGAGUCUGGAGUACAUGGAUGUGGAAAGCUUGAAGAAGCUUAACAAAAACAAGAAACUUGUUAAGAAAUUAGCCAAGAAAUACCAUGCAUUCUUAGCAUCAGAAGCUGUUAUCAAGCAAAUUCCACGUCUUCUAGGCCCUGGACUGAACAAAGCAGGAAAGUUCCCAACUCUUGUUAGCCACCAGGAAUCACUUGAAGGUAAAGUGAAUGAGACGAAGGCCACAGUGAAGUUCCAGCUGAAAAAGGUACUCUGCAUGGGAGUUGCUGUUGGUAACUUGGGCAUGGAGGAGAAACAAAUAUUCCAGAAUGUGCAAAUGAGUGUCAAUUUCCUAGUCUCAUUGUUGAAAAAGAACUGGCAAAAUGUAAGGUGCCUGUACCUGAAGAGCACAAUGGGGAAGCCAGUUCGAAUCUUUUAAGCUAUUUGGAAAACUACACAUUUUUUUUUCCCAUUUGGUGUGAUUAAAAAUGACAGUGGACCUGAAAUGUUGUUCUUUGAGUUAAAUGUGCCUUUUUAUCU